AUGUCCACGUCUGCCACCUCUGGCGUUUGGAAGCACCACAAAGUCGUUCCGGAGACACCCGCGGGGUUUACCAUGCGAGGAACUGUCCCCACGGACGAGAACGGCGUCGAUGUGAUGAUGGAAAUGUGGGAACGGGGAAAAGGGAAAAUGUCCGUGCAAUUCUUCAAAAAAGACGGGGAGAAACUCGUCGAGGACGGGAAACCGUUAAUUUUGAACAAAGGCGAUGCGGGGUACAUCGAAGGUGGGCGCAUACACGACGCGAAAUAUUUGGAAGAUUGCAAGUUGGUCUACGUGCACGAUAAACAAUUCGGAUUCGACGCCGCAGCCGCGAGCGCGUAA